UUUUAAUCGGGUAAUAUGAUUAAAUUAAUCUCCAAAAAAUUGAAUUUCGUACGACAAUUCGCUACUAAAGCUAUACCUGCACCGGAAACAAAUCCACCAAUUUUAUACACCGGUAUUUUUAUUAAUAAUGAAUGGCACUUUGCAAAAUCUAAAAAGAAAUUUAAAACCCUUAAUCCUACGACAGAAGAAGUGAUUGCUAACGUUCAACACGGUAGUGCCGAUGAUAUUGAUCAUGCAGUACAAGCUGCUAAAGAAGCUUUUAAACUCGAUUCACCAUGGAGAACUAUGGAUGCAUCCAAACGAGGACUUCUUUUGAAUAAAUUAGCCGACUUGAUGGAAAAAGAUCGAACAUAUCUUGCUUCUCUUGAAACUUUUGAUAAUGGUAAACCCUAUUCGGUAGCUUAUAAUUUCGAUGUACCUGCAAGUAUUGCAACUCUCAGAUACUAUGCCGGAUGGGCUGAUAAAAAUCAUGGCAAAGUUAUUCCUAUGGAUGGUAAAUUCUUUUCUUACACUAGGCAUGAGCCAGUUGGUGUUUGUGGACAAAUCAUUCCUUGGAAUUUUCCACUCCUGAUGGCAGCAUGGAAAUUGGGACCCGCAUUAGCUACAGGAAACUGUAUUAUACUUAAACCAGCGGAGCAAACGCCACUUACAACAUUAUACAUUGCACAAUUAACAAAGCAGGCCGGUUUUCCUCCUGGAGUAGUUAAUGUUGUACCUGGAUUUGGCGAUACAGGAGCCGCUCUAGUCCAGCAUCCCGAUGUUGAUAAAAUAGCUUUUACUGGGUCUACCGAGGUUGGGAAAUUAAUUAAAGAGGGUGCCGCUAAAAGUAAUCUGAAAAGAACAACGUUAGAAUUAGGUGGUAAAUCGCCUAACAUCAUCUUUAAAGAUGCUGAUCUGGAUGAAGCCAUUGAAUCUGCUCACUUUGGCCUAUUUUUUAAUAUGGGUCAAUGUUGCUGCGCUGGAUCGAGAACUUUUGUUGAAAGUUCUAUUUAUGAUGAGUUUGUUGAAAGAAGCGCCGCUCGAGCUAAGGCUAGAAUAGUAGGAGAUCCUUUUGAUUUGCAAGUAGAGCAUGGACCUCAGAUUGAUGAAGAACAAAUGAAUAAAAUCUUAAGCCUGAUUAAAUCUGGAAAAUCUGAAGGUGCUAAGUUAGUUCAAGGUGGUGUCAGAGUUGGAGAAAAAGGUUACUUUAUUGCACCAACAGUUUUUGCCGAUGUUCAAGAUAAUAUGAAGAUUGCAACCGAUGAAAUCUUCGGACCAGUACAGCAAAUUUUGAAGUUUGAUAAAAUUAGUGAAGUAAUUAAUCGAGCAAACAAUACCGAUUAUGGAUUGGCAGCUGCUGUUUUCACAAAAGAUAUUGAUAAGGUGAAUUAUAUGGUACAGGGAUUAAGAGCUGGUGUAGUUUGGGUAAAUACAUAUAAUGUAUUAUCUACUCAAGUGCCAUUUGGUGGCUAUAAAAUGUCUGGUCAUGGCAGAGAACUUGGAGAAUACGGUUUAGAAGCUUACACAGAAGUCAAAAGUGUUAUUGUUAAAAUACCUGAAAAAAAUAGUUAAGACUACGAACUCGCUAUAUCUUUUAAAUAUUUUUAUUAUAUUUAUAAUAGCUAUAAAAUAUAUAUUUUAUAAUAUAUUUAUACUAGAAACAAAGUUUGUAAAGCCAAUAAAA